AUGUCCCUUUACAAAUACUCAGAGGCUGCCCAAAUUGGAAUCACUGCCGCUUUCUGCUUCUUGGUAAUUGCGGACCUCAUCGGCAAUACCUUGGUUUGCCUGGUAGUCUACCACAACCGAAUAAUGCACACCCCUAUGAACUAUCUUUUGGUCAACCUAGCGGCUUCGGAUAUAACUGUGGCGAUUUUCAUCGCGGUGCGCUAUAUCUUCCCACUACUGUUCAUGCAUCCGAAAGGAAGAGCCGGUGACGUGGUUUGCCAGUUGUUCACAGGGGAAACAUUUGUAUGGGUCGGUGCGCUCGCCUCCACUUUCUCCCUCGUCUGCAUAGCGCUAGAGCGCUAUCUCGCUAUUAAAUUCCCCUACGACGAGCGCAAGCGGGUAACAACCGCUAAGUUAAAAUGUGUUGUUGUAUUGGGCUGGGUGUUCGCCGCUUCAUGGAACUUACCCCUUUUCCUGUAUGUACGUUACGACCCUGUUAGCGAGUUCUGCCUGUUCCAAUGGCCCACAGCGAGUUUCCCGCAAGUUCACAGCCCACUAUGCACCGUGUUGUACGGGGUUCUACCGAUUUCCAUCAUGAGUUACUUGUAUUCUAAGCUGGUUUACAAGCUGUGGUUUCGUCCUUUGGUUACCUCGACCAUGGUCCAACAGAGCAAGCUACGUUACACCAGAAAGUCCGCUCGGUUAGUGGUCACCGUAAGCGUGGUUUACUCGAUCUGUUGGAUACCCAACCUGGUAGUGUACGUCUUCUCUUCAUUCAGCACACAGCAACUGUACUCCGCCGUACACACGGCAAGCAUCGUCUUGGUCACUUUUAAUUCUGCUAUCAAUCCUGUGUUAUACAGCUUGCAGAGUGACCGUUUCAGGAGGCAUAUGCUGGCGCUGCUACCGUUUGGUUGCUCCACCAGGCAGUGUCGAGUAUCCCCCGCGGUUAUGUCGAAAGGGAAUGCUACGAGCAAGGCCUCACGUCCCACACAGAUUACUCCGCUUGUGAGUAGGGGCCCUGUCGCUUGA